AUGAUUUCUUCAAACAGUAUAUCUAGAGUAUAUGCUGACGUCUUGGCAUCAAAGCCACAAUCUUACUGGGAUUAUGACGAUCUUAAUAUCAAAUGGAAUCCCCAAGAGAACUACGAAAUCAUUAAAAAAUUGGGAAGAGGUAAAUACUCAGAAGUGUUUUUGGGAAUAGACCUUGUGAAGGGAGAGAAGGUGGUGAUUAAGGUAUUGAAGCCAGUAAAGAGAAAGAAGAUUAAAAGAGAAAUUUCAAUUUUGAAAAAUUUAGUUGACGGUCCUAAUGUGGUGGCAUUGUUGGAUGUUGUGAGAGAGCCACAACUGAAAACACCAGGUUUAAUCUUUGAGAAUAUCAAUAACAUCGAUUUCCGGACAUUGUACCCUACGUUCACCGAUUAUGAUAUCAGAUUCUACAUGUACGAACUAUUGAAAGCCUUAGACUAUUCUCACUCUAUGGGAAUAAUGCACAGAGACGUCAAACCACACAAUGUUAUGAUCGAUCAUGAACAGAAAAAAUUGCGGUUAAUAGAUUGGGGUUUGGCGGAGUAUUAUCAUCCAGGAACAGAAUAUAAUGUUAGAGUAGCAUCACGGUACUUCAAGGGCCCUGAAUUGUUAGUUGACUAUAGGUUAUAUGAUUACUCGCUAGAUCUUUGGUCAUUUGGGUGUAUGCUCGCCUCAAUGGUGUUUAUGAAAGAGCCAUUUUUUCACGGUAAAUCAAACACUGAUCAGUUGGUACAGAUUGUUCGUGUGUUGGGAUCCAAUAACUUGAAUAAAUACCUUGAUAAGUACAACUUGACCUUGGGUGAUGAAUAUGAAGAUAUUGGAUAUUACAACAGGAGACCUUGGGAACGCUUCAUCAAUGAAAACAACCAGCAUCUUGUGUCUAAUGAGUUUUUGGAUAUCAUUGAUAAAUUGUUGAGAUAUGAUCAUCAAGAGAGGUUGACCGCUAAGGAGGCUAUGCAACACCCCUACUUUGAUCCAGUCAGGGGAAAUUCCCAACUGUAA